GUUCCCCUUCCCCAACACAAAAAAGAAAAAAAAGAAAAAGAAAAAGAAAAAAGUGGGGGAUGCACGAUAGUUAGCAUAGGCCUUCGAUGGUUCUGAGGUUCCAUCUUCUCACCCCCCUCACAACAUGCUCCCUCCUCCCCCACCCUCUCACUCUAAAUAAAAGUCUGAUUGAAGAAAAGAAGUCCAGAGAGAGAUAGAGUGAGAGCCCAAAAGCAAAAGAAGAAAUGAAGCAGAGUUCACCUGAGGCAGUCUCGUCUUCAUCCUCUGCACCCGCUCUGUCCGACCAUUCUCAGCCGUCCGCUUUAUCAUCAUCAUCAUCUUCAUCCGACAAAGCCUCAUCAAUAUCAACCGCGGCCUCUGCGGAGGACCUGGCGGUGGGGUCCAGGGAUGGCGGAGGUGGGGCCCAUGAGUGCGUCACUGUUGAACGGCUCGGCGAGUUCUCCGCCGUGUGCAAAUGGACGGUCCAUAACUUCCCGAGAAUCAAGGCUAGGGCUCUGUGGAGCAAGUACUUCGAGGUCGGCGGCUAUGAUUGCCGCCUCCUUGUGUACCCCAAGGGUGACUCGCAAGCCUUGCCAGGGUACAUCUCAAUCUACCUCCAAAUCAUGGACCCUCGCGGCACAUCCUCCUCCAAGUGGGACUGCUUCGCCAGUUACCGCCUCGCCAUCGUCAACGUCGCCGACGAUUCCAAGACCAUUCAUCGCGAUUCUUGGCACCGCUUCUCCAGCAAGAAGAAAUCCCACGGCUGGUGCGAUUUCACUCCCUCCUCCACUGUUUUCGAUUCCAAAUCCGGUUUUCUUUUUAAUAGCGACACAGUUUUGAUAACCGCCGAUAUAUUAAUCCUCAAUGAGUCCGUUAAUUUCACCCGCGAUAACAAUGAGGUCCAGUCCUCCUCCGCCUCUUCGACGAUUUCGUCGUCGGUGGUCGCCAGCCCGGUCUCCGACGUGUUAAGCGGCAAGUUCACUUGGAAAGUGCGUAAUUUUAGUUUGUUUAAGGAAAUGAUCAAAACGCAGAAGAUAAUGAGCCCGGUGUUCCCGGCCGGAGAGUGCAAUCUUAGGAUUAGUGUGUAUCAGAGCUCUGUGAAUGGGGCAGAGUAUUUGUCAAUGUGUUUGGAGAGUAAGGACACGGACAAGACGGUUGUUUUGUCCGAUAGGAGUUGUUGGUGUUUGUUCCGAAUGUCAGUGUUAAAUCAGAAGCCGGGCUCGAAUCACAUGCACAGGGACUCGUAUGGGAGGUUUGCAGCCGAUAAUAAGAGCGGGGACAAUACAAGUCUGGGUUGGAAUGAUUAUAUGAAGAUGUCGGAUUUUUUUGGGCCGGAAUCGGGGUUUCUGGUUGAUGACACUGCGGUAUUUAGUGCGUCCUUUCAUGUGAUUAAGGAGUUUAGUAACUUUUCCAAGAGUGGAGGAUUGAUUGGAGGGAGGAGUGGGAGUGGGAUUGGGGCGAGGAAAUUGGAUGGGCAUAUGGGGAAAUUCACUUGGAAGAUUGAGAAUUUCACGAGGUUGAAGGAUCUUUUGAAGAAGAGGAAGAUUACGGGUCUUUGCAUCAAGAGCAGGAGGUUUCAGAUCGGGAAUCGGGAUUGCCGUCUCAUCGUUUAUCCACGAGGGCAGUCUCAGCCACCAUGCCAUCUUUCAGUGUUUCUUGAAGUUACAGAUUCACGAAAUACGUCAAAUGAUUGGAGUUGUUUUGUUAGUCACCGGUUGUCUGUUGUGAACCAGAAGAUGGAAGAGAAGUCUGUCACGAAGGAAUCCCAGAACCGUUACUCCAAAGCUGCAAAGGACUGGGGUUGGCGUGAAUUUGUGACGCUCACUAGUUUAUUUGAUCAAGAUUCUGGAUUUCUUGUUCAGGACACAGUUGUCUUCUCUGCGGAGGUGCUUAUAUUGAAAGAGACGUCAAUAAUGCAGGACAUUACUGACCAGGAAACUGAGUCUAACAAUGCUGGUUCACAUAUAGACACAGUAUGGAAAAGAAGUUCAUUUACAUGGAAGGUGGAGAACUUCCUGUCAUUUAAGGAAAUAAUGGAGACCCGCAAAAUAUUUAGCAAAUUUUUUCAAGCUGGUGGAUGUGAGCUUCGGAUUGGUAGGUAUCUGUCUCUUUUCAUAUUUUUUUUUCCCUCCGAAGAGGUAGUUGCAGUUGUUAACUUGUUAUAUUUCUAUUUUUUUAUUGACAUCUGUCAUCGUUGUUUUUUAUUUUUUUUAAAUUACAACACAGGUGUGUACGAGUCCUUUGAAACUAUCUGUAUAUAUUUGGAGAGUGACCAGUCAGUUGGUAGUGAUCUGGAUAAAAAUUUUUGGGUUAGAUACAGGAUGGCUGUUGUGAAUCAAAAGAACCCGGCCAAGACAGUGUGGAAGGAGUCUUCUAUUUGUACAAAGACGUGGAAUAAUUCUGUUUUACAAUUUAUGAAGGUUUCAGAUAUGUUGGAAGUGGAUGCUGGGUUUCUUGUGCGUGACACUGUUGUUUUUGUCUGUGAAAUUCUAGAUUGCUGCCCUUGGUUUGAGUUUUCAGAUCUAGAGGUUUUUGCUUCGGAUGAUGAUCAGGAUGCUUUGACAACCGAUCCUGAUGAACUCGUUGACUCUGAAGACAGUGAAGGAAUUAGUGGUGAUGAAGAAGAUAUAUUUAGAAACCUUCUCUCUAGAGCUGGUUUUCACCUCACAUAUGGAGAUAAUCCUUCACAGCCACAAGUCACCCUACGAGAAAAGCUUCUAAUGGAUGCUGGUGCAAUUGCUGGUUUUCUAACUGGACUUCGUGUGUACCUUGAUGACCCUGCUAAAGUUAAGCGCUUGCUUCUUCCAACCAAGCUCUCUGGUAGUAAUGAUGGAAAGAAGGCCACAAAGUCUGAUGAAUCUUCCCCCAGUUUGAUGAACUUGCUGAUGGGAGUCAAAGUUUUGCAGCAGGCAAUCAUUGAUUUACUGUUGGAUAUUAUGGUUGAGUGUUGCCAACCUUCUGAUGGGAGUUCUAUUGGUGGUUCUACUGAUGCAAACUUAAAACCUUCACCAGUUGAAAGUGGAGCUGCCACUCCACUGGAAUCUGAUAGGGAGAAUGGUGCAUCAGAAUCUGUGCCGUUUCCUGUAUAUGAGAGAUUGGAUUCUGGUGUCGAUGAAGGUGGUAGUGCAUCUGCUGUACAAAGCUCUGACAUGAAUCUGUUAGGUAGACCAGAAAAAGCUCUUCCUGGACAACCCAUCUGUCCACCAGAAACAUCUGCUGGGGUGUCAGAGCAUGUACCCAUUCACUCAAAGACAAAAUGGCCAGAGCAAUCAGAGGAGCUAUUAGGCUUGAUUGUAAAUUCGCUGAGAGCCCUAGAUGGAGCUGUUCCACAAGGGUGUCUGGAACCAAGACGGCGGCCUCAGUCUGCUCAAAAGAUUGCUCUUGUAUUGGAUAAAGCUCCCAAGCAUUUGCAAGCAGACCUCGUUGCUUUGGUACCCAAAUUGGUUGAGCAAUCUGAACAUCCACUGGCUGCUUGCGUUCUUCUUGAACGACUUCAAAAGCCAGAUGCAGAACCUGCAUUGAGGAUACCUGUUUUUGGUGCUAUUAGUCAACUUGAGUGUGGCAGUGAAGUGUGGGAACGGGUUUUGUUUCAAUCGUUUGAUCUCUUGACUUGCUCAAAUGAUGAACCUCUUGUCAUGACCAUAGAUUUUAUAUUUAAAGCUGCAUCACAGUGUCAACAUCUUCCUGAAGCGGUCAGAUCUGUCCGUGUUAGGCUAAAAAAUCUGGGCUUUGAAGUUUCUCCUUGUGUCCUCCAUUUUUUAAGUAGAACUGUAAAUAGUUGGGGAGAUGUUGCUGAAACCAUACUUAGAGAUAUUGAUUGUGAUGAUGAUUUUGGUGAAAAUUGCUCAAAAAUGCCAUGCGGGCUUUUAUUAUUUGGUGAAUAUGGUUCCGCUUCUGAAAGACUGCAUCUUGUGGAGGAGCAGGAUCUCUGUGCCAGUCGUCAUUUUUCUGACAUUUAUAUUCUGAUUGAAAUGUUAUCUAUACCUUGCCUUGCUGUUGAAGCUGCUCAAACAUUUGAGAGAGCUGUAGCUCGAGGUGCUGUUUUGGCCCAAUCAGUAGCCAUGGUCUUGGAAAGGCGCCUCACUCAAAGAUUGAAUCUUAGUGCCAGUUUUGUCAGUGAAGAUCACCAGCAUACAGAAUCUGUAGUAGAGGGUGAGGCCAAUGAGCAGCUAACAAUCCAACCUGAUGAUUUUACUUCACUUCUUGGUCUUGCUGAGACAUUGGCCCACUCAAGGGACCCUUCUGCGAAGGAAUUUGUAAAGGUCCUGUACACAAUAUUGUUUAAAUGGUAUGCUGAUGAAUCUCACCGAGGAAGGAUGCUGAAGAGACUUGUUGACCACGCCACUAGCACGACAGAUAAUAGUCAUGAAGUAGACUUAGAUUUGGAUAUAUUGGUUACUUUGGUUUUUGAGGAGCAUGAAAUCGUUAGACCAAUUUUGAGCAUGAUGCGGGAGGCUGCUGAACUUGCUAAUGUUAAUCGAGCUGCUCUUUGGCACCAGCUUUGUGCCAUUGAAGAUGAAAGUAUUCGCAUGCGUGAUGAAAGAAAAGCUGAAAUUUCCAAUAUGGUUAAAGAAAAAGCUGGCAUUUCACAGAAACUGAGUGAAUCGGAGACCAACAUCAAUAAUCUCAAGUCUGAAAUGAGGGCUGAGAUGGAUCGGUUUGCUCGGGAAAAGAAGGAGCUCUCUGAGCAAAUACAAGAAAUUGAAAGUCAGCUUGAGUGGUUUCGCUCUGAGCGGGAUGAUGAAAUUUCAAAGCUUACUGCUGAGAAGAAAGCUCUUCAGGAUCGCCUUCAUGAUGCAGAGACACAACUCUCCCAAUUGAAGUCACGUAAACGUGACGAAUUGAAGAAAGUUUUGAAGGAGAAAAAUGCUCUUGCUGAGAGGUUGAAAGGUGCUGAAGCUGCACGGAAAAGAUUUGAUGAAGAACUGAAACGUUAUGCCACAGAGAAUGUGACUCGAGAGGAAAUCCGUCAGUCAUUGGAGGAUGAGGUUCGCAGAUUGACCCAAACAGUGGGGCAAACUGAAGGAGAGAAGCGGGAGAAGGAAAAUCAGGUUGCACGGUGUGAAGCAUUUAUUGAUGGGAUGGAAUCGAAAUUGCAAGCCUGCCAGCAAUAUAUUCACACCCUUGAGGCUUCACUUCAGGAGGAAAUGUCACGACAUGCCCCUCUAUAUGGUGCCGGCUUGGAAGCUCUAUCAAUGAAGGAGUUGGAAACAUUGGCACGUAUUCAUGAAGAAGGGCUUAGACAGAUCCAUGCUCUUCAUCAGCGGCAGGGGAGUCCAGCUAGCAAUCCUCUUGUGAGCCCCCACAACCUUCCACACAAUCAUGGUUUAUACCCUGCUGCACCACAUCCAAUGGCCGUCGGAUUGCCUCCUUCACUAAUAUCGAAUGGGGAUGGCAUCCACAGCAAUGGGCAUGUGAAUGGUGCGAUUGGGCCAUGGUUUAACCAUACUUGAAUUUUUGGAUCACAAUCCUUUUUUGCCAAUAUAGGCAUUUUGUCCACUCAAUUCAAUAGAGCUGGGUGACAUCUCAAUCUGAAGGCAUGCAUGCUAUUUCUCUUUUUUGAGUUUUUGUUUUUGCUUUUUCCCAUAUUGACUGGUAGAACUGUUGGAAUGCUCAUGGAAGAAGAGAAGGAAUAACAAAGUUGGAUGGAUGGGGAGGAUUGGUUUUAGAAUUGAAACGAGGAAGUGAGUCCAAUAGAACUAACAGUUGCAAAUGCCACAUUUGCAUCGUUCUUUUA